AAGGAGAAAUUGAGACGCGAUAUGGAAAUGAUGCAUCUCAUUUCAAUGAUCGCGUCAUCUCAUUUAAGUAAACUGGAAGAAAAUUUCAAAUACAAUUAGUUCAUGAUUUACGCCUUAUUUAGAGUAACGCAUUAAUGUCGUUUUAAUUUCUGUUUAAUUUAUUUUUCACCACGACAUCAAUUUAUAGUAUAUUCUUUUCAUUUUGAUUUCGUUCAAAAUUAAUGUCAUGCAAACAUUUUAUUUUCAUUUUGUUUUCGUUAAUUAUUUAUAGUGCAAUUCAUCUCGUUUUCUUUUCUGUUUCACAUCAUUUUGCAAAGUUGACAUGCGGUCAACUUUUUCCGAGUGAAAAUAAAACGAAACAUCAUGCAGAUUUUAAUAUAAAGCGGAAAUGGGUCCCAAAAAAAUAGCCCUGAAAAGCGCAUUCUCGCCAGAGGAUGACAAACUGGCGCUCGAAUCCAAGUUGGUGACCCUAGUGGAGCCCCACCGCCACAUCUGGGACAUCAAAGACAAGGACUACAAGGUCAACACGAUGCGACAAAAUACUUUUACUAGUAUUGGAGAGCAGCUUGGAAAACCUGGUGACGUGUGUAUGGCACUUUGGCAAAGUUUGAGGACCCAGUACUUGGCCGCGAGACGAGCUCUUCCAACGGGAAGUGGGGCUAAAGCACGAAGUUCCUUCCGACUGUUUGAUGCAAUGUCCUUUAUUUCAGGAGGACAAGAUCAGUCUCAGACCAUUUGUAAUCUUGAUGGUGAUGAGGACGAGACAGAGCAUGCAGAUGACGAAUUCUCAACAAUAAACUUCGCUGACUUGAACGAUGACAACAUUGACACUUCCGUUGUCCCAAUUCAAACUCAAAACUCGGUGCCAGAGUCUAAUCCUCGCCCGAGAUCCCAUGCUAAAUUCGGAGGGAAGAGGAAGCUGGACAGUCUGGAGGAACAAAUGCUUAAUUUUGUCAAGGGAGGUGACUCGAAGGAUGACGAAUUUGAGCGAUUUGGGAAGACCUUGGCUGCAAAACUUCGCAAAAUUCAUGAAAAGGAUCCCAAGGCUGCUGCGACCUGCGAAUAUGAACUGCAUGGGGUUUUGUACAAAACAGAACUCGAUAUUUUGUAAUUACAGUUACUAUACAAUACAUAUAACUAUAUUUAAUAGGCGUUGAGUUUAUGUUGCAUAUCCAAAAUUUGUAUUUGUAGUUUAUUUCAAGAUGUGGUGAAAUAAAAACUGCUCAAAAUAAUUUACAAAUCAAUGCACUCAAAAAGAUUAUAACACAAUAUAAUACAACAUAAUAGAAAAUCAUUUACCCCCCGCGUCAACAUGAUGAUCUUGCCAGCUCAGUCGUCCAUCCUCACUAUUAAAAUAGUCUCGAAAGUGGUUCCUGACCUGAGCUGAAUACUGGGUGUAGUUGUUGGUGCCUUGCCUUGGUAUUUGUAUCAUCCCGUUAUCAUUCUGAACAGUAUCACGCCAGUUCCCAUGCUGAACUCUUCCAUCCUCAAAUCGAUCAGGAGUAAUAUUGUUGAAGUCUUUCUUAUUCAUUAGAUAAUUGUGUAAAAUUACGGCCGACAACGUAAUUUGCUUCACGAGGUCCACAUCCGCUUCAAUCACCGAAUGGAAAAUCCUCCAUCGUGCAGCCAUUAUUCCAAAGGAAUUUUCAACGGUCAUUCGAGCUCUUGAAAGCCUAUAGUUGAAGACUCGGUCCGUCUUUUGCAGGAAGUUUCCUUUGUAUGGUUUCAGCAAGUUGUGCCGUUUCGGAAAAGCGUCAUCUCCUAGAAAAACAUAGGGCAGAGGAGUACCAGUAUUGGAUAGUGGUUGUGG